UGCUUUAAAACAUGCGCAGAUCCCGUAUGCUUUAUGCUUUAAAAUGAGUGGUUAUCGUAAUAUACCGAAUAAAACAGCUUUUCAUUGGAAAGAAAGGUGAUUGCUAUAGACAUGGGAUCCGUAAUUCUACUAUGUUUCGUAUUUUCCAUGUUUAUUCACAAAUCUUAUGGACAGGUAUCUCUGCUUCAUAACAGUACCUCAGAUAAAAAUGGUCUGUUGCUUAGUACUGUAACAGGAAAAGUACCAAAUAUGUUACGAGACAUACUAAAACGGGAAUCACUGGAACGCUUAUCUAUGGUGCAGAGGAUACACAGUUUGGAAAGGAAGGACCAAGAAAUGGAAGCAGAAAUUACAAAACUUAAAGGAGAAUUGAGUAAGAUGAAUGAGACUUUACAACAGGAAUUCAGAGCAAAAAAUGAUGUCUAUCUUCUGGCUAAAACAUUUGAAACUGCUCUUGGGGUUCUGAAUAAAUCAAGUUUACAAUGGACAGAGAUUUCUAAGUUGCCUGACAAUACAGACAACUACAGAAAUUGCUUGGAUAUUUUACGGAAAUUUCCGAGUCUACAAGGAAUUGAUGGGGUUUUUGAAAUAACUAUAGCCUCCAAGCCAAAGUUUGUGUACUGUGACAUGACAACAGAAGGAGGAGGGUGGACGGCUAUACAAAGAAGACAGGAUGGGUCUACAGAUUUUUACCGGACAUGGUCAGAAUAUAAACAAGGAUUUGGGGAUCCCUCUAAAAACUACUGGAUUGGAAAUGACGCAAUCUAUGAGUUGACAAAGAACAAGGACCAGGAACUCCGGGUUGAGCUACAAAGAUUUAAUGGUGAUACAGCAUAUGCACAGUACUCCACAUUUUAUGUUGGGGAUGAAGGCAGUAAAUACAAAUUCACUGUAUCGGGGUAUUCAGGAACAGCAGGUGACAGUCUGGAUUAUCACAAUGGAAUGAAAUUCACCACUAAAGACCAGGAUAACGACGGGAAUAGUGGUCACUGUGCUGUAUCAUAUCACGGAGCCUGGUGGUACAACAACUGUCACCACUCAAACCUGAAUGGACUCUACCUACAGUCUGGUGUGUCUGGUGCUCAUUACGCGGCAUGGUAUGUCUGGAAAAGUAAAUGGGAAGCAUUAAAACAGACUGUGAUGAUGAUCAGACACAGAAACUAAAGAUUUUCAAAAUACACAAUUACAAAUGUA